ACAUCAUGUAUAAAAUGUACAUUGAGACAUCGAAGCGUUGGACACUCGUUUGACGCUUGUACGACGCUUUCUAUUUUCGCAAGAAGAUGCAUAUGUGCUUCCUAAUACGCUAAAUUUUAGAAAGGUAUAAAUAUAAAUUAAUUAAUGUAUGUACAAUUAAACGUGCAGUGAUGAUAUUAUACACUCAGAAAUGUACAUUUCAUGAUGGUCUCCAGUUUUUUUAAAUAAUCAAUUCAUUUUUAUUAUAGAUUGUUUUAUGGAAAAGUAAGCGUAAAAAUAAAAUAAAUAAUAAGCAACAUUUUAAACAAUAUGUUAGUAAAGUUGUCUAAUUUUUUUAACAGCUGAGAAAAUAAUUAUAAUAAUUUUUUUACAUUUUUAUUUCAGAGAAAAGUACAUAUUAGAAAAGCUAGUAUUUCAAAGUAGACAUUUUUAAACUAUCAAACGAACUUGACUUUCUUAUAAGUUAUAAAUACCAUAUUAUUUUUCAAUAUGUCAUCUAGUGAAGAAACAGACAGUGAAGUUAUGCGGAAAAAUUACACGGAUAGACACAAACGUCGUUUAGCACAUAAAAAAAGUACAAAUGAAUUUAAAAGAAUAUGUAAUAAGAUUAAACAAAACAGAACUUGUAAUACGUCAGCAAAUAAUAAUGAUGACCAAAUAGAUUUAUUAUUUUGUAAUUCCCGUACUGAUAUGGAAAAUUUACAACAUACCGACAACAUUUAUGUACAAGUGCCCGCAGAAAAUUGCGAUGAACUAAUAAACGAGGAAAUUUUUAAUAACUACAAUACAAGCAUUGAAACAGAAAUACAAUCAGAAAACCAAGAAAAUGAUAUCGAAAAUGCUGAGGAUACUGAAAACAUCGAAAUCAAUGAAAGAGAUAGUGACGUUGCAAAUAAUAUUCCUGCAUAUAAACUUGAGGAAAAUGAUUUUAAGUCUGAAAUUAAACAAUGGGCUGCAGAUCAUAAAAUAUGUUUAAAUGCAUUGACAAGUUUAUUACGAAUUUUAAAUAAAAGAACCAAUACAAAAUUUCCUAAAGAUGGACGUACGCUUAUGUCAACUCCAAGAACAUUAAUUAAUUGUGUUACUUCUAUGGAUAAAGGCUGUUAUUGUCAUUUUGGUGUUGAACCAGCUAUUUAUAAAAUGAUAGAAGACAGGAUAAGUUCAAAAAUUGAUAACUUAACAAUAAAUUUAAUAGUAUCUACAGAUGGUGCGCCAAUUGCAGCUUCUAAUGGAAAAGUAAUUUGGCCUAUUUUAUGUUCUGAUGAGCUUUUACCAAAAGUACGAGUCAUUGGUAUAUAUUACGGUAAAAACAAACCAGUAGAUUCAAAUAAAUUUUUUGAAGCUUUUGUAAAUGAGCUGUUACCGUUAAUAAAUAUUGGAUAUACAUAUAAUGGAAUACGUUAUAAAAUCAGACUGCAUGCUCUAGUAUGUGAUGCUCCAGCAAAAGCAUUUAUUUUAAAAGUAAAAAAUCAUACCGGUUAUAAUAGUUGUACAAAAUGUGUUAUUCAUGGCGAUCGCAUUAACGAUACCAAUUGCUUCCCAAUGGAAAAUAAUGAGUUAUUAAUAUUAAGAGACGACGAAGUAUUUCGAAAUUUUGGUUAUUCUGAAAAUUAUCAGAUAGCCGAAACAAUUUUAAGAAAUAUACCUUACUUUGGUGCAGUGAGUAAUGUGGUUCUUGAUUAUAUGCAUUUAGUGUGUUUAGGAGUCAUAAGAAAACUAUUAUUUUUAUGGAUAAGAGGACCAUUAAAUACACGUUUAUCUAGCUCAAGUGUACAACAAAUUUCAGAAAAAUUACUAUGUUUAAAGAAAUAUACGCCGUCUGACUUUCCUAGGAAAGCAAGAUCUCUUGAAUUCAUUAAAUUAUGGAAGGCUACAGAAUUCAGGCAAUUUUUAUUAUAUUCAGGUUCAAUAAUUUUAAAAAAUAUACUCGAUAUAAACGUUUAUGAGCAUUUCUUAACAUUACAUAUUGCGAUUCGUAUUUUGGCCAGCAAUGAAUAUAGUAAAAAUCCUCAAUUACUUGAUUAUGCAGAAAAACUUUUAAAAAUUUUUGUUCAAUCUUUUGCAACAAUUUACGGAGCUAAAUAUGUUUCUCAUAAUGUUCACAAUUUGCUACAUUUAACAUCUGAUGUAAAAAAGUUUGGUGCUCUAGAUGUUUUUAGCGCAUUCCAAUUUGAAAGUUACAUUUAUGAUUUAAAAAGACUAGUUCGAAAAGGGGAUAAACCACUUCAACAAAUUGCUAAAAGACUUUAUGAACUAAAUUUUUGUAUUAGUCGUUCCGAAGUACGUAAUAAAAAAUUUCUUGAUAAAAAUCACAAUAAUGGUCCAUUAGAUAAUGAUCGUGAUUAUAAAGAACAAUAUAAAAUAUUAAAUUUAAAUUCAUUUUAUUUAAAUUGUGACGAUAAAAAAAAUAAUUGCGUUUUAUUGAAAGACAAUACCGUCGUUUGCAUCCACAAUAUUGCUAAAAGUCAAAAUAAUAAUCUGUACAUUAUAGGAAGAAAAUUGAUACCUGAUAUGAAUUUGUUCACUACACCAUGCGAAUCACAACUUCUUGGAAUAGCCGUAGCCAAACAAAAUAGACAUAUAGAAUCAUGGCUCUGCCAAAGUAUAUACGCAAAAAUUUAUAAAAUUCCGUACAAAAAUAAAUUUAUUGUUUUGCCAAUAUUACAUACAAUCAUAUCAUAUCAUGAUGAAUGUGUAGAUCAUGUGUAAAUAAUGAAUGUAUAGAGAUGACCAUAUGUAUAGAUUUUAGAAGUCUUAAUAAUAAUGCAUUUUUAUUGAAGUAAUGUUAAACGUAUUCCAUAACUGUCCUGACCCUAUAUAUAUAAUUUUGUGAUACUUUAACAACUUAACAAACUUGUUUAACAACUCUUAAUGACAUUGUUAACAUCAAUAAGACAUAAUUGAAACGUUGUUUGACAUUAUCUUAUUCUUUUUAGGAUAAAAUAUUGCAACAAUAUAUUGCAAUGAUAUCACUGUAAUAUUU